CGGCGUACACUACACUACUCAAGUCCUCACCUCUCAAGUCUCAGCGCUGUUUUUAAAAUUAUCCCUAGUUGAGGUUAUCCGGUAACAAGUAAUAACUCCAACAAGUUUCAAACAUAAAUACGAAAUUUUAAUAAAUUAAGUCUAUCAUCUGAUCUGUCAGCUACCACCAUAAGUUCUACAAACAAGAAAAUGGAUUAUUUUUCAUUCAUUUCGGGCUUAGGAUGCGGCCUAUGUAUUGGAUUAUCGCUAAUAACAUUAAGAAAGUAUUUUGGAGGAUCUGUUAAAGAAGCCGGUAGAACCCUUAAAAAGAUUGCUUCAAAUAGCGAAUAUAAAUUGAUAUUAGUUGUAAGAACAGACUUAGGAAUGAGUAAAGGUAAAAUAGCAGCUCAGUGUGGACAUGCUGCUGUUGGUGCAUAUGAGAAAGCAUUAAAAAGAGACCCAGAAGGUUUAAAAUACUGGCAAAUGACUGGUCAAGCAAAGGUGGCUGUCAAAACAGACUCUGUUGAUGAAAUAAAACAAAUAGCUGAUAAUGCUAAGAAAAUGGGUAUAAUAACAUCCAUGAUAAGAGACGCUGGACGAACACAAAUUGCACCUAAUUCAAUAACAGUUCUUGGUAUAGGUCCUGCUCCAAAAAAUGUUGUUGAUAAAGUAACUGGGCAUUUAAAGUUGUUGUAAACUGUGUCAAAAAUUUAUUAGAUUUAAAACCUUAGUAUUAAAAUAAAAAUAUUAAAAAAAAUAUGUUUAUUAUGGAACAUAAGAUACAUGUAUCACUUAUUCCAUGUCAUUAAAUUUGAAUCUGUAGG